UCCCGGGGCGGCCCGGAAUGGACAUGAGGCAGUGGUGGAGCUGUGGCUGGAAUGCGAAGAUGUCAAACCCGAUAGAGCGGACCAGUAUGCACGAACGCCAAUCUCACGGGCUACGGAGAACGGACAUGAGGAAGUUGUAAAGUUAUUGCUG